UCCCUCACAGGUCCCGCCCCUCCGCCAGCAGCCGGGAGGGUGUUAGGGGGCGUUUCUCCAGGAGGAAAGCUGUGAGCUGCGACGCUGAGGAAGGGGACCCCAAAACGUCUGGCACUGCCCCCUCCAGGGAUCACUUUGGACCGCCUCACUCGGCCCAGCGGGAUUCAGAAACGCCGAGGGGUCAACCUGAUGGGUUUCGGGGUCAACGGAAGAGGGGAAGGGGAGCCCUGGCGGGGUGAACCCCCCGGUCCCCCGCCCAGCAGCUGAGGCACAGGAGGGCGGCCAUCUUGGCCGGGAGGGUAGGGCUGGGGAGCUGCGGGCGCCGUGCGAUUGGGGGGCUCGCCCGGAAGUGACGCCAACUACCCGGAAGCGGAGGGGGUUCCCUGGCCCACUCCCCCCUCGUUCGUUUGCUCCCCCGCUUCCUCCCCGCCCCCCUUCCUCUCCAUUCGUUUCCCCCCCCUUUCCCUGCCUUCUCCCCCCCCCCACCCGUCCCUCCCCCCCCAACCUCCGGAGCUGGGAAGAGAGUCAAGAUGGCGGCGAAAUCCGAUGGCGGUGGCGUGGGGGUGGGCUUCGCCCAGCUGCACAACCUGGACGAGGCGGUGGGCAGCGGCGGCGAGGAGGACGGGGAGCCCGGGGGAGGCGGCUGCGGCGGCGGCGGCGACGGCAGCGAGCCCGGCGAGAGCAGCUCGCUGCACAUCUGCCACUGCUGCAACACUUCCUCGUGCUACUGGGGCUGCCGCUCCGCCUGCCUGCGCUCCCUCCUGGGCAAGAAGCCGCGCCGCAGCGCCGCCGCCGCCGACGGGGGGGACCAGCCGCUGCAGCCGCCCGCGGCCGCCGGCCGCCACCCCCCGACGCCCUCGGCCGAGCGGCCGCAGCCGCCGCAGGUGGAGCGGCCGUGGCUCGACUGCCUGUGGAUCGUGCUGGCGCUGCUAGUCUUCUUCGGGGACGUGGGCACCGACCUGUGGCUUGCCCUCGACUACUACCGCAAGGGGGACUACGUCUACUUCGGGCUGACCCUCUCCUUCGUGCUGGUGCCGUCCCUGUUGGUGCAGAGCCUGAGCUUCCGCUGGUUCGUGCAGGACUACACGGGCGGCGGGCUGGGCGCCGUGGAGGGGCUCAGCAGCCGGGGCCCCCCCAUGAUGGGGGCCGUCUACGGCCAUGGCGCGGGGGUCCCGGCCACGCCGGGGGCGCAGCGCCUCUGCCGCCUCUCCGUGUGGAUCUGGCUGUCGGUCAUCCACCUGCUGCAGAUGGGGCAGGUGUGGAGCUCUAAGCGAAAGACAUGAGGCCUAAGACUGAAAUGAGGUUGUUUUGAGGCCAUCUGAUUUCUGGCUAGAAGGUGUGCGAUCGCCUCGUCCUGAAACCACUGCAGACAGAAUGGUUUGCAAUUUUUUUUGGUGAUGGCAUGUUCAGAAUCUUGGAUCCCUAAGUUGAAUAUGUUGGAAAUAUUUAGGAACUCUGGAAAUUGUUGUUUUUGUAUAUAUAAUGACUUUCUAGGUGAACCAAUAGAUUUAAUAAAAAGUAUAUAAAAGAAUAGGCAUUAUAAUUUUGUAUUUCUAAGUUAGCAUGCAUGUCUCAAAUUCUCAGCUAUCAUUAUUAGUGUCAUACUCUGGAGACAAUUAUCUUUUGAAGAUUUGGGGGCUCUCAUGGACCUCAUAUUUUUCCAGGCAGUUUAUGUAAUCCUCCCGUGCCAAUUUGGUCAGCUUCUUUGCCUGCCUACCUUGUAGUGUAGCUUACGUAGAUCAGAGGUAAUUUUUGAUCAGGAGGAGAGAAGAUAAAAUAAUCAUCAGGUGAGUGCUCGCUUCGGCAGCACAUAUACUAAGAUUCGAACGAUACAGAGAAGAUUAGCAUGGCCCCUGUGCAAGGAUGACAUGCAAAUUUGUGAAGCGUUCCAUAUUUUUUUAUUAAUUAAAAAAAUCAUCAGGUGACAGUCCUAAAGGUAGUAAUUACAAAACUUCAACCUGGAAAUGGCCUCAACAUGGUCUAUAUCAGAAUAUGCAAAUUCUAUCCGAUAUAUCCAAUACAUUUGUGGCAAAAUGCUGCCAGUUUUCAAGUUAGAUAUUAUUAUGUGGGACGGAAGUGCCAAUGAGGAGGGAAAGGAGCUGCUCAGUUUCACCUCCUCCUCUCCCCCUGUUGUUGAGUGAAUAAAUUUGGAGAGGAAAAUGCCAAGAGGCAGACUGUGUGAAUGAAAAGGAGAAGGAACAAAACCUGACUUUCCAAGAAGGGCUGUUUCCCUUAAAAAAUUGAAAGUUGCCUAUAUUCUAUGUACACUGUUCUAAAACUAUAGGCUACUUUCAUGUAGACCCAGAAUGUGAACUAGGUCAUUCUUGACCCUAGAAAUGGGUGGAGAUGUAUUUGAUAGGAGAAUCAGUGCUUGGGUGACUGGAGUUCCAUUAUUGGUGGUUAUCUUCUCUGGCCUGUUCCUGCUGGGAUUAGGAACUUGAGGAACAUUCUGGGUGGGUAGUUAUUUUGAUGGUCAAAUAUGAUUGCCUCCCUAUCGUUUUGACCAAAACUGGAGAAAGAUUGAUUUUUUUUUUAAAGACCGUAUUCAGAGCAACUUGAAAAAGGAUUAAAGGGAAAGGAUAAGUAGAAUUCAGGGAACUACAGAGAUUGAGUGGUAGCUCAGUAGGAUGUUAAUUAUUUGUUUAUUGCAAGUUUUAUUAUUGGUAGAUUAUCCAGUAAUACAGAAAUUGGUGUAGAACAGAAGUUUUCAUAACAUUUCUAUUAGAAGGCAUUUAGAAGCUAAAUAAACUACACUGUAACCGCACCCUCCCCCCUCCUCCCUUGCUUUGCUUGGUUAAAGAGGAAUUGGCUGAUAUAUAUUUAAUGGCACAAUGAAAACAUCAGAUAGAUUUUUUAAAAAAUCAAGUUAUAUUUUAAUCUAAAUGUGUUGCCUAUUUAGCUGCUUUCCCAUUACAACUGGUUUUAAAAAACUCUCUUUCUGUGGGGCUUCCCUGGUGGCGCAGUGGUUGAGAGUCCGCCUGCCGAUGCAGGGGACACGGGUUUGUGCCCCGGUCCGGGAAGAUCCCACACGCUGUGAAGCAGCUGGGCCCGUGAGCCAUGGCCGCUGGGCCUGCGCGUCUGGAGCCUGUGCUCCGCAACGGGAGAGGCCACAGCAGUGAGAGGCCCGCGUACCGCAAAAAAAACAAAACAAAACUCUCUUUCUGUGAUACUUUUGUCAAUAGAGGCAUUUCCUCUUAGCCAAUUCUAGCCACAAUAUUGACCGGGCCUAGGCAUUUGAUAUACCCUAAAGGAAUUAGGCAGGAAAAAACUUGGUCCCUACUGGAAUGAAUAUUUUAAAGAUCUUCUUAGAUUCUGUGAACACUGUGAGUACAAAUGAAAGAGACCCAGGAGAGGGGAAAAGUUAAGAGCCUAAGAAUGAAAAUGAUGGUGGGGAUGGGGGCGGGGUGGUAAGCUCUUAUAUAACUAACCGAAGGUGCACUAAGGGCAGGGAAUUCGUUUCCUGGAGGUUAUGAGGUAGCGUGUGAAAUCCCUUGGACAGGAGGCAUUCCGAUUUAAUUUGGGUACUUCACACUGGCAUGCCGCAGUAUUUUAAGGAUAGUGGCAGGUGAUCUUGGGAAAUAUCAGUGCAUUUACUAACAAUGAGUUUGAUUUUAUUCUGGUAUGUUAUGAAUGGGCAUGUAGCUCAAAGAUUAGCUUAAUUCAAAAUAAAUAUCUUAAAUAUUAGAGAAAAUAUUUUAAAAAUGGGUCUUUCAUCCCUGCUGUAUAACUUUAGGAAAUAAUGCAGAAUACUGAACAUAGUAGAGAAUUGAUGGCAUGAAUAUAAUCAGAAUUUGAUGGUUGCUUUCUAGAAACUUCUAAAUAAAACCUAAAUUUGUUUAAAGUUGUACUACAAUAGCAUUUCUAGUGUGUAUGUCUCAUGGGAAGGUCUGUACCUUCUUGGAUCACUGCACUUCACUGCCUUGCACAUCGCUGUGAGGAUUCAGAAAUUGACUCAGUUACCCAGGGAUCAUUAGAUCUUUGGGUACAGUCAGUACAUAGGGGCACAUAGAGAAAGUGAGCCUCGAACGAUGGCCAUUUGUAUUUUGGAAGUUUUAAACCCCAUUUUGAAAACCGGCAGAAAGCUAUGGAUCGUUUCCCCAACAAAACUUCCAUUUCUGAGGGUGGAGGGAUGGCCCUUGGUUGUCAUUCAGGAAGCCCUGAUCUAAAAGACCAUCUUCAUUUUACUUCUGACCUUGCUCCAGCUUUGUUGUCACUCUCCGUCUGUAGUUCUCUGUCACCUUUGAAUGGAGCGCCAGAUCCUGAAGGAUGCUUACUGCCUUACCCACUGAACUGAAGCCACAGUCCAGAGCUUUGUGAUGUCAUGGAGCAAAAACUCUGCAAAGGGCUGCCCCAAAGGUGCAAAUGGUAAGAAUAGGGCCUGAGGCAUGGGACAGCCCUCCUAGGUAGUACCUACCUCCUGCUGGUUUAGGGGCAUUUAUUUCAUAGUCAGUUGAAUAUUAAUGUUUUGUUUUUAAAAAUGAGCAUAUUUCUCCUAAAAUUUUUAAUCAUUAUAAAGGUGUUCUACCUAAAUGUAACUUUUUUUCUCAUGUUUUAGGAUAUCACAUUCAUGGUGUGAAAUGUGUACUUCAAAUUAACAUAAUGACUGGAAAUUUGGGAUUCUGUUAUUUUGUGACUCUGAAAUUUGUAGCAUAUUUUCAGGAAAAUUGUUGAGAUUCCUAGAUAUUUUGUUCUUUAUUCCUUUCAAGUUUCCUGCGUGUAUGAUUAUUUCUGAAUUUUAUUAAUCUAUUUGUAACUUUAGAGAAAACUGCCUUCAGUUCAUAUUUUGACACAGAGGGAUGCUUUGAUUUAUCUUACUAGAAACGUGUUUUGACAAAAAAUUCCAUUUGAGUGGCUCUAAUCUCCAUUUCGGAAUCUCAGAUCAACUGCUUGUUACGGCAUUCAUUGGGACUUUUCUGCCAAAUACAGCUUCACUGAGAAGGUCAUCCUUGAAAAAUCAAGAAAUCUGAAGGAAGUAAUUUUGGGACCGAGUAGAAAGAUGGAAGAUCAUCAUCAGAUUACAGCACAGCACACUCUGGAAACAUCUUAGACUUCACCGCUUUUGUACGUGAAACAUAAUUUGAAUGUCUUUUAUGAAUUGGACCUGUAGACAGAUAACAUAUAUCUUGAAUGUAAGAAAAACACAACUCUAGCCUCUAAAACACUGCCGUCAGUACAGUCGACUCUUGAUCAUUCACACUGGUGGAGGGAGCCUGGGUCCUUCAGCUUAACUAAAGUUAGACGUCAUGUGUUCCGAUUCAAAGGUGUUUCUGUGUUCCUUUUGGAAUAUAGUGUUUGGACUUUUACAACAUGUGCCUCCCAAUUUCACCUGCCCUGAGAGAGGAGCCUGAGUUCAUCUGUGCCCAGAUGCUUGUUCUCUGUCCUUUUUUUUCUGUACUGUUGACCUAAAUGUGGGGAAAACGUUGAGCAUACAGGAUUCCAAAAUUGAUCAGAAUCUGUUAAAUCUAUCCCACUUCUCCUUCCCAGGUAACUUUAUUCCAUUUCCUUUUCAGCUCUUCUAAAUGUUGCCCAACUUUAGCCCCUUUGUCUUAGGUCAGGAUAGAAUUAUAACAGCACUGUCCAGGCUUCUUCCCUCUUGUCCUGUUUUGUUCUGCCUGUGAUGGGAGGUUUCCGUUGCUUUCCUCUGAAGGAGUCUACUUGUGUCCUUGCAUUUCCAUCUCCCUCCCUGCCUGCGGGGAAAUAGAAUAGAUCCAGACUUAGCAAUCUUGGCUCUCUAAGAUUUGCCUAUAAAAGUUCAUAGUAUUGUAUUUAAAAUAGAGCUUUUUUAGCUGUGGUGUUGACAGGUGUCUCCAUUGGCCGUCUGCUCUGUUCUGAUGCUCAGCUGGGUGUGACUGUCCACUCUUUCCCUCACCACCCAGGCCUCUUGAGGCCAGGAGUGAACCCUCACCCUGCCUCAGGCACAGGAUGAGCCAGAACUGACUUCUCUGUGAGCUUGCCUAGGUCCUAGAGUCAUGAGUUAAUGAGAUAGUUGGAGAGAUCCAUAUGUUUUCCCCCAGAUGCUAGUAAAACAAAUCAUGUGCAGAGAAAAUGAUCACAUCAAUAAGAUUUUGAAAGCAAGAUUUGUCCAAAAAUAUGCCAGAUUUGAGGUUAACCCACAUGAACCCACAUUGACCAUCCAGGUAUGUCUUACUUUAAAAAAUACACAAAGUAACAUAACCCUUAGAAAAUAUUACCAAAUUAUCCUGACAUUUUCAAAAUGUGAUAGUACUCUAAACGUUUUUUUCUUACAAGUAGCUUUCAGAAACACGUGCAAAUGUGUUUUGUGUAAAGGAGUAUAUACUGUAUAUAAUAUUCUGACUCUUGCUGUAAUAAAAUUAAACUUAAACAGUCUCAUUAUUUAAAGCCUAAGAGUUUGAAAUUAUUUUUUUGAGUAAACUUUUACAGCAUACAAUACUAUGUUUACUUCUCAUGGAAUGUACAAAUAUCCUUAGAAGCUGCUCUUGUGUGUUUGUUUGCCGCACAUUCCACAUAAAAUAAAAAUAUUGUAAACAGGGUCCAUGUCUCCAGUAAGAGUUUCCAAACUUUUGGCUGUAAUUACCAAAUGCUUGGGAUUGGGCUGGCUGGAAAUGCAUAUCAGGUAUUUCUGUGUAUGCAGCAAACUUUGUCCAAAUAAAGUAGCUUUGUACUCUGAA